AUGAAGCUUCUAACGACCCAAGUGUUGUUUCUUCCACUAAUCAAGUUGCAGUGCAAGAUACUGGAAGCAGCAAUCGUUGACACAACGUGUUUUGAGUUACCGAUUGUAGUUGUAUCGCCGACGACGAUCAAAUUACCAAUGGAGACUUGUAAUCAACCUCGUUUUCCAGCGCCUGAUUGCAUAAGAGACCCUGUUGAAGCCAAAAUUGAAGUCAUUGAUAAUGGUAAUAGUAUGCUCAAUUGUGUACAUGGCAAUCGAACUGCCAUAUAUUCAGGUAAUGUUCACUACCGUGGCCAAUCAAGUCUUCAUUUUACAAAACAUCAAGUGGCGAUUAAAUUGAAUCAAGACGGUGAUUUACUUGGGUUCCCAGCUGAUCGUACUUUUGUAUUGAAUGGACCAACAAUUGAUGAUAGUUUGAUGAGAAAUCAUUUAGCUCAUUGGAUGUUUCGUGGUACAAAUCGGUAUUCACCACGUACUCGCCAUGUUGUCGUAUUUAUUCGUGAUCGAUUAGGUGCGAAUGAUUGGACCCCACGAUAUCGUGGCAUCUAUUUGGCCUUGGAAAAAAUUACAUACACACCAAAUCGAGUGGGAUUGGCACAAUUAAACAGUGCUUGCCAGACUGAAGAAGAACUCUCUGGUGGUUGGGCGUGGCAAAAUAAUCCACUUGGCUAUGGUGAUUAUUCGCCUAAUUUUGUAUUGAAUGAAGCAACUGGACUCUUUGGAUCUGGAGCAAGACCUGUUUUGACAUUCCCGGAACCCAAAGUCUUAACACAAACUAUGCGUGACUACUUUGUAUCACCCAAGACAGGGCCUCUUCCUCGCUUAUACCAGUACCUCUUCGAUAAUAUGACUCAUCCCGAUGAGCUAGAACAACACAUUGACAUUGGUUCAUUUGUAGACUAUUUCUUGCAUUCGGAACUGUCGGAAAAUUCAGACGCCUAUCGUCGCAGCACUUACUUCUUCAAAGAUCGUGGCCAACCUAUUAAUGCCGGCCCGGUCUGGGAUUUUAAUUUGGCAUAUGGACGUGGUGGUGCUCAAACGACUUGGAUUUACAAGACUUACACGUUCUGGAAGCGUCUCGCAUGUAAUUACAAGUUUGCCUCCCUUGUUCAACAGCGAUGGGCAAAACUGCGCGCAACUUCGUGGAGUGAUGACGCCAUUACGUCGUUCAUUUCUACAAGCGCCGAGCCCAUUCGUCGGCAGUUACGGAAUUGCGGCAAUUGGAAAAGCGACAACUUGCAAUGCGCGAAUGUCAAUGCAGAUAUAGACGGCACCUUUGACGAUGCAGUGAAUAAUUUGGUCAAUGCGGUUCUAUCGCGUGCCUCUUGGAUGGACUCAAGUGUGACUGGAUUUUAUAAACCGCUGAACCGUGAUCUUUGUGUCGCUGUUGGCGAACUUCCUGCUUACAACUGCGCUGCGGAUGGUAGCGACAAAGGAUGUCUGUUGAACCCCGAUCUUUACAGCAACGCUGUUGUCUUUCCUGAGCCCCGCAAACCUACGGCUACAAACGCUUGCGAGCCAUCAAAGCUUUUCGGCAACGGUACAGCAGAGUUGGAGAAGCCAUCAAUUGACCCGUGCUGGCUGUCAGCGGGUGUUUACAUUACGGAUGCAUCAAUUACACCUUUCUGCGGGGGCUACGGAUUUUGUCCCGAGGGACCAGGAGCAAAGUGUACAUGCACGAACGGGCGCCAUCCGCCCACUUGUGCUCGUAGUGACGAUGUCAUUGUGCCUCAUGGUGGACUGAUCGAGGAUAGCGUUGUCGCACAGAUGUCGCUGCUGGAUCAGUCGAUCGACGGAUUGGCAGGUGAUCACACGUACUUUCAAUAUCCGCUCUUUUUCGUGUGCGCUUUCUCUGCGAUGGUGUUGGGUGUGGCCCUUUUAGCCCGUCAGAACCGCCGCCGCCACUACAUUCUUUCAAGCGAAACAAUUGGCGCGACAGCCGUCAAUCUACGUGACGAACAUGACGGGCAACGACUUUUCUACGGCACUUCGUAA